AUGGCCAUUCGGCUGGUCAUUUUCGAUGCGCUCCAUACGUUGCUGAAGCCACGUCGUCCUAUCUAUGUUCAGUACUCUCAGACUUUUGAGCCCUAUCUCGGUGUACUGGAACCUGAGGCACUCAAGAACUCCUUCAAGACAGCCCUGAAACAACUCCAGACAGAGAAGCCCGUCUAUCAGAGCGGCGCCCAGGAAUGGUGGGGCGAGGUCAUCCGCCGCACAGCUAUUGGUGCAGGAGCAGACCAGGAAGGAGUGAGUAUGCACGAGGCCUUACACGUCGGGGACGAGCUCGCCGCAGACUACUUCGGUGCGAAGCAGAGUGGGCUGUCAGCGCUGUUGCUUAGACGACCAGGACCUGAGGGCGAGGGCGAAAUGAAGGAGGCUAAUGAGGACCUACGUAGCAUAGAAGUCGUCUCCGAUCUCUUGCAUGUCGUGGACAGGGUUAAUAACGCCAACGAACGGGGCUAA